CAUGUUUUUCUCCACUGGCAGCGGAGCUCCUUCACCAGCAGAUACACUUGUUGGCACUCCCCCAACUGCAAUACCUUCUCCAAUAUUUCAACAGUUAAAUCUCACAAAAUUGCCCGUUGUUUCCGAAGCCUUAAAACAAAAUGCGAUAGACUCGGUAGACGCAAUAACCCCCAUAACUCUAAUUCCGGCAGCUGCUGUAGCUGAAAUUAAACAACAGGAAGAGGAGGAACGGAGAAAAUUGUCUGAGGAUUAUGAUGAGGACUAUGACGAGGAAAAACCGAUCGACAAAUCUCCGGAUGGUCGCUUCCUCAAAUUUGACGAGGAACUGGGUCGUGGUUCGUUUAAAACUGUUUAUCGUGGUUUAGACACAGAAACAGGCGUAGCCGUCGCUUGGUGUGAAUUACAAGAACAAAAAUUAAGCAAGCCUGAAAGACAACGUUUUAGAGAUGAGGCUGAAAUGCUUAAAGGACUUCAACACCCAAAUAUUGUCAAAUUUUAUGAUUAUUGGGAAAGGACAGAUGGAAAACGAAAAUAUAUAGUCCUCAUCACUGAAUUGAUGACUUCUGGGACUCUUAAACUUUAUUUGAAACGUUUUAAACGAAUUAAUGUCAAAGUUCUCAAAUCUUGGUGUCGUCAAAUACUCAAAGGCUUAUAUUUUUUGCAUACUCGUCAACCUCCUGUUAUUCAUAGAGACUUGAAAUGUGAUAAUAUUUUUAUUACUGGAACUACUGGAAGUGUAAAAAUUGGGGAUUUAGGUUUGCAAAUAAAAAUUUUUUUUGAAAUUAAAAAUUUGUGGGAAAAGUUCUGAAGGGGGGAGGGGGGGGGUGUAGAGGGCCAUGAGGGAGAGGGGGGCAUAGAGGGCUUUAGAGGGAGGGAGGGGGUAGAGGGCAUCUGUGUAGCAUUUAAAAUUCUUUGUAUUAGGGUUAUUCCGCGUCCCCGAAAGUCGGGGGAAUUUGAGAGAUUUUUGAA